UCCUGGGCCAUUAAACCUGUACCGGUUUAAAUAGAAACGCUCCGUCAAAAUCUAAUAAUUCUCAGUAAUUUAUCGGUUAAAUUUAUAGGCCCGGGUCCGGAUAGGAUGGCGUCUGGGUCCGGACACGCGCGUGGUCCGCCUAUUAGUCACCUCGGCUGUACUCUGAACUUUCAAACCGUCUGAUACCUGCCGAGUCAGGAAACACUUCAAAAAGUAAAAGCACUGGUUACGAUAUGCGACACGAUCCCGCUUAACAUUAUAUUUUGUAGACACUAGUAGCAAUAACUCUCUAAAUAACCAAACAAAUAAAUAAAUUAAAUCAUGCAAAUACAGUCAUCAGUUUCGAUUCACAGAAAGCACGUGACGUUGAUCAACCACACUAAACGUUGCCCGUCAACUUUCGAUUCUCAGAAACGUUGGUACAAGUGUUGAUCUUAGCCUUAAGAAAACGUCAAAUCCGUUGCAGCCUACGUGCGAUUCCUAAAUAAUAAAUUCGUUUUUAACAUAAACAAACCGAUCUGUGCAUAACGUUAUUAGGCUACUGGAUCACUGAAACUGAUUGCCAUCAUCAAGAACCAUCAUGAGUGUUGUAACUUCCAGACUGACCAGAAAUCAAGAGAAGAAGAUCAGUUCUAUGUUUGGCCAUGCCAGACUCAAUCUAAUAUACAAAGCUAGUGUCCAUGGCUAUACUUCCAAUAAUUUUUACUAUAAGUGCAGCCAACAAGGUCCUACCCUGACAGUUGCAUACAACAAUACAGGAUUCAUAUUUGGAGCAUACAUUAGUAAGGACUAUGCACGAACAGGGGCCAAUGUUGUUGAUGAAAAAGCUUUUUUGUUCAGCCUUGAUGGAAGGAAGCAGAACCCUGAGCCUUAUCGUGUCAAAAGUGUCACUGGCCAGGCUUCCUUCACUGACGGAAACACUGGGCCAAAUUUUGGAUCUCUGAUUUUCCUCUACAACCAUGAUGCCACCGUCUACAGUAACCCUGGGAAUUUUUUCAACUUUGAUCCAUUAAAGAUGCAUGGAAAUGAUUUACAGUUGACUGAAUGUGAAGUCUACAGAGUUGAAGAGUGUGGUGCUCUCCUGGAAAAGCCUUGGAGGAUUGUCAUUUGGAAUCCUGAGAAGAGAAAAGACCUUAUGGACACCAUUGCAAAGUGGAAGCCUGUCAUUAACUCGGUGAACCAGGUCAGUGUGCUGCUUGUUGGUCCGGUGGGGGCUGGGAAGUCAAGCUUCUUCAACUCUGUGUGUUCAGUCUUCAAAGGACACGUGUCAAGUCAGGCCAACACAGGCACUGCAGGGACCAGUCUGACCACACAGUACCGCACCUACUCUAUCAGAGGAGGCUACAAGGGAAAGCCCCUGCCAGUUGUUCUGUGUGACACCAUGGGACUGGAAGAAGGGGCAAAUGCUGGUCUGGACAUAGAUGAUUUCACAAGCAUCCUCAAGGGAAAUGUGCAAGACCGCUACCAGUUCAACCAAUCAAUGCCCUUGCAAGAAGACACUCCUGGUUUCCGCAAAUCUGUGACGCUGAAGGACAAGAUCCACUGUGUGGCCUUUGUGAUUGACGCCUCCAAAGUCAAACUCCUCCCAGACAGAAUGAUAGAAAAAUUUGCAGCUCUCCGCAGGAAAGCCAACCAGCUGGGUAUUCCCCAACUUGUGCUCAUGACCAAGGUGGAUGAGGCUUGUCCUUUAGUUGCAGAGGACCUGAAACAUGUUUACUGCAGCAAAAACCUUGAGACAAUGAUGCGUGAGGCUGCCGCCCAACUGGGAGUGUCCAUGUCAGCUGUGAUCCCGGUAAAGAACUACAGUCAGGAGCUGGAGCUGGACCCACUCACAGACAUCCUGCUGCUCAGCGCUGUCAACCAGAUGCUUCGGGUGGUAGAGAGCUACUUUGAUGAUCUCUUCCAGGACGAAGUAGAGAAGACUGACUACUAGAAGUCACAUUUUGUGUAGUCCCACUUAUUAUUUAUUUAUAUGUUACAUUUAUAUCCUCUCACUACAAGUGUCCUACAACUUGACGUUCUGAAGGAAAUUACUAGAUCAGCCAUAUGUUAUUUUCAAACAGCGCGAUUUCCUGAAGCACCAACAUUUAUAUUGAAUACAAAUCAACAUAUGUUUAGGAUUUAUUUACAUUUGAGUCAUGUUUACUCUCAAUACUGACGUGAAUAUGGCUGUAUAGCUUAAUAAUCAACUUACACUGAAGUUUGUUAGGCUUGAAAUUAAUGUUGCCUGUAAACCAUGCAUCACACAGUUGGGUCAAAUAAGAAUCAGAGCGUUGGAGUAUGUCAACAUGGAAAUUGAAUUCCUGUGUUUCUUUUGUUUAAUAUAUUUAGUUUAAACUUGCUGGACUUGACAGUUGAUCCAGCUUAUGCAGGGAUUCUGGUGAUACUUGGCUUCUUCCUUUUCGUUUACAUAGAGCCUUAGCCUUCAUGUUCCAUCACCUGUAAUUCAUAUUGAUGUUGGUCACCUUUACGAGUGGCUUUUUUUUCUUUGUAAGUCUGGUGAAUCUGUUAAUUAAAAGAAAAUCCAGCAUGGA